AUGAAUGAACCUGGAACAUCAGGUGCAAACGUUGGGUUCACACAUUGGGAAGAUAGUCUCGAUCCAUUUCCUGAUUUAGAGUCAGAGAGCUCAGAGUCUGGGGAUGAUGAUGACAUUAAUACGGAUCCACAACUUAUGGAAGAGUUGGAGGUGCUGCUAAUCCGCAUGUUGGAACUGGUGGAAGAAUACUACAAACAGUUAGCGCACCCAGAGGUAGUUCGGGUAGCAAGCAAACGACAAAGGGAUUCAAAGUUAACUGGCCCUAUGUGGGUACACUGGGUCCUUACACAUCCAAACCAAACUACAUGCUACGAGCGAUUUCGGAUGUCGCCACGGACAUUCUUAAACUUGUGCAAUACUUUGAAAAUGAAUGGUUUUCUACGAAGUAGUCGUUACGUGAAGAUAACAGAGCAAGUAGCUACAUUUUGUUUAGUUAUGGCACAUGCCCACAAGCAAAGGGACGUAGCUGAUAGGUUACAACGCUCGUUGGAAACAAUAAGCAAGUAUGUUAAUGCAGUUGCGAUCGCGAUGUGCUACCUUGGGAAAACAAUCAUACAACCACUUCCAAUGCAGGUGCCUCACCCAUACAUCAUGAAAAAUAGCAUGUACUACCCGUGGUUCGCGGAUUGCAUUGGGGCGAUUGAUGGCACUCACGUAAAAGCGAAACUGCGAGGUGGCAACAAUGUGCCAUAUCGGGGGCGAAAGUCAAGCAUAAAACAGAAUGUCAUGUGCGUAGUGGACUUCAACCUAUGCUUCACAUACGUCUAUGCCGGUUGGGAGGGUAGUGCACAUGACUCGCGGGUUUUCUUCGAGUGUAUCAACGACCCCAACGUCCGCUUUCCCACCCCAGUCGGAGAUUAUAAUUACUUGGUGGACUCUGGAUACGGUUGCUUCAAGGGGUUUCUGCCCCCACACCGGAAUAACAUAUACCAUCAGGAAGCCUUUCGUAAAUCAGGGAUCAAACCGAGGAAUGCAAUGGAAUUAUUUAACUAUAGGCACUCCUCCCUUCGGUCAAUUGUUGAAAGAACAUUCGGUAUAUGGAAGGCUCGAUUUAAUAUAUUCGAAGAUAUGCCCCCCUAUCCGAUUGAGAACCAACGACUGUUCGUGGUAGCAUGUUGCGCAGUUCACAACUUUAUUCGCAGAUUUGAAGGUCAAACUGAUCCACUAUUUAAGGAAGCGCUACAACAGAUGUACGGACAAGACUGGGUUGAUGUGUCAUUGCGUAAUAAUAUGCCAAGGACUCAGUACGUAGAGCUAGGAUUACGGCCAGACCAAACGAAGGCAAGCAAAGAAUACAUGAGUGCGUACCGGGCCGCAGUGGCGGAGCACAUGUGGAGUACAGUUCAUGGUGGAUAG